UUUUGAAUAGAAGGAGAAGGACGUCUCUGAGCAACAGGUCCAACAGUCUCUUCUGCUUGUCCGUCAUCUUUGAACUUUGUGUGGACGUGUUCUCUGAGCUUCUUGUUCGUCUCAGCUUUGCUGUAAGAAAACUCCCCCGGCGUAGCUUGAAGAUCUGGUGCAGAGUGACAUGGCCUCGUCAUCAGACUGUCGCAGUAAAAUAAAGGAAGAGAGGGAUGAUGACUUUGAACUUUCGGCUGGUCACUCCCACAUCUUCACCGUGCAAUUUGAAAACAAAGACGAAGAACACACCGUACUCUGUGAGAGUCUGUGCACAGUGCUGGACGCGAUGAAAUCCAAUGAAAAAAUUAGAGAGGAGCUCACUUGUGCAGAUGAAAACAUUGUGAUUCAGAGAGGCACAGGAGAUAAUGAGUGUACCAUAGCCACACAUUUCCCCUGUACUUUGCUCAAAGAGAAUGAGAACCUACUCGUGUUAGUGAAAAAAGAAAUCAUUGAAAGAAAAACCAAAGAGGAUCUACCUAUACACCCAAAGAAUGAAUAUGCCGUCUUCUACAUUGACACAGAUCCUGGACUAAAUGCCAAAACAAAGCCGCUCUUCAGAAGCAAUGCUCUCAAAAAUUCAAACUACGUCUGUAUUUACGGAUUCAAAGAGAUGACUGUGGUUGAAGCUCUGCAAAAAGAUGGUCGCUUUGUUGAUGAUCUUGACAGUUUCUAUCUGAAAAACAUUGAAAAUAAGAAACGUACUGAGUGUACGUUGAAAAUUAAGGUUUUACAUGGGAAGAAAUUUAAGAUAUGCAUGGAGAGGAUGAGAAGGGAAUCUGGCAAACUGCAGGGAACCCCAGGAGCAAAGGGCAGUGGCAACCUGCAGGGAACCCCAGGAGCAAAGGGCAGUGGCAACCUGCUGGAAACCCCAGGAUCAAUAAAUUCACUGGUGCGAGUCUCAGAAGUAGCACAUCAGAUAGGUGUCCGUGUGAUAAGAGCAGGGAAAAGGACAAACAACGACAACAUAGAGGAGAUUCGUCAAAUACUGUGUGACCAGAUUACACAGCUGAGAGCACUUAUGGCGAAAAGAGUCCGUCAAAGACCUUUUGAGGAGCUGCUGGAAUUGAAGAAGGAACAUUUUGGAAAAAUCCAACAAUCAUUCAGCGAAGUUCACAGAGUCAGAGAGCUGCUGAAACUGAGCAAAUCAGUGUGUAUGGUUGUGGUUUAUGACAUUUGUGUGGGCACUGGCUUUGUACUGUUUGACGACUUAAUCCUGACCAAUGCACAUUUAUUUAACAAAGUACAGCCAGAAAAUGAUGUACAAGUCUAUGCCCUAUUUGACUUUGAACUACCGCAGCCAAAAACAGAUUACUGCGAAUUCUUGUGUGAGAAAGAAUUUAUCGACAUUGACAAAGAGCUAGAUUAUGCCGUACUUAAGCUCUGUCCAAGAGGCGAAAGAUCAAAAUCUCAAAGUAAAAAGAGCGUUGUGAUACCACCAGGACUCCUGAAGAAGUUUGGUCCAGUACCUGAGAAUGGUGAAGCCUGUAUCAUCGGACACCCAGAAAAAGAUAUUAAAAAAAUGGAUCCAACAUGUAUCAUUGAGGAGGAGCAAAGGAUCAACAAGAUCAAUGAGCACCUGAGUCAGUACAAAGACACCAUAUUCAUUAUCCAGUCAGUCGUGCAUGAGCUCAAAAGCAAAGGCAUUGAAAACAUACUGAAGGGUGGAGCUGAAGCAGACAAAUGUGUGACCUACAACACUUUCAUGUAUCAUGGCUCUUCUGGCUCCCCAGUGUUUGAUCAGUCGUGUCAAGUUUUCGGUUUGCACACGGCAGGAUUCACCUACACAUGGCCAGAGGGCUCUGAAGAGAGCGUGAUUGAGUAUGCCCUUCCUCUGCUUCACAUAUUCAACAAGUUUGUGAACAAUCUGAGGGAGAAGAACAAUGAGACGCUGUUGAAGAGAAUCACUGAAGAAGCAAAAGGAAACCAGCACCUAAAUAUGUACUAGAUCUCCGUCCUACACCUGAGCCCACACCUGAGCCCACACCUGAGCCCACGCACACCAAUUAGGUGAUCGGACCAGAGGUUCCUCAGCCAAACACAUCUGGCUGCAUAGGUUAUCGUUUUCAUGUUCAAAAAAAAAAAACGACGCGCUGUAUGACCCACGGAUUCUCAAAGACUGAGUCGGGACGCAAACUUGGAUCACUGAGUUUUUUGGGGGGUAAAGAUUUAUACAGUGUUCGAAUUACGUGGGAGCCAAUGGGAGCUGGGCGCCCACGAAAAGGGGUUGGGCUUCCAUGAAGGUAGUUGAAUCGUACAUCUGGGGGGGUCAUUAGAAAUAUAACCAAAAACUAUUUUGCCUUUGCCUUUUUCUCUGGCCUGCACUAAACACACGCCAUUUUGUUCACACUUACUCGUUUUCUCUUUUGUACAAACCAGAAAAAGGAGAAAAUCUGGUCCCUACCAGUCCGAACUUACGCCCUUGCCAAAAAAACACUUUUAAUUGUUAUUAUUUUAUUAUUUUAAUCACAAACAAUGCAGUUGUCAAUGUAAAGAGUAUAAUUUACAUAAACGAGAUACACAAUUCGAACCCUGAAUUUUAGUAUAGAUGUAUUUCUAGUUAGUUAGUUGGUUAGUUAGUUAGUUUGCUCUUGUCAUAAUUGAUGCUGUGAUGUAGUUGAUAAUAGUUUGUCAUUUUUAACAAGUGGGUCCCCAUAUAUAAAGUUUGGGACACUAAUGUAAUCACCUACAAAAAUGAAAGAAAUUCAAAAAAAUUUGGAAAACAAAUCUGUUUUCUUUGUUAAAUCUGUUAAAUGUUACUCAUGUUGUUUUUUUUAUCGUUGACUUUGUAUCAGCUUGUAUUAUUAUCAUUAUUAUUAUUACACAUUAUUUUUUGUAGCACAGGUGAUCAUAGUCUGUAUGUGGAGAGAAGCCAUUUUAGCAGUGCCUGAAACCUGUGUUCUCUUGAAUUACCACCAGGGGGCGAUUCCAUGGGUUUGUGUGUAUGUUUCAAUCAAUGAGCCUACGUCUCAUUAGUGCCUGCAGCUGCAAGGCAUUCUAGUGAGAACCCUAGGGUUCUCACUAGAAUGCCUUGCGAUCAUGCCUGAUCACCCGAGCUCCUCGUCACAGCCACAGAAUCCUCAGGUUUUUGAUCCUCUUUGUGAGUGACGUUUCUUUUUGUAAGUUUUCUUAGCAUAGCCUGUUAGCUGAUACCGUAGUUAAGAUUUAUAACCCCUUUUGUUUUCCUCCUUGGGAGAGAUUUUUUGUUUGUUAAUUUUCACAGCCUUUUAGGAACUCCAAUCACUAGGUUUGUGACUUACCUUUUAUUAGUUAGAUCCAAUCAUUUAGAUUGUUUUUGAUCUCAUUCUUAGUUAGUUAAAGAUCGCAAAUCAUUAGGAUUGCGCUUUUGAGUUAGCUUUCGUUUUGAAGUGUUUAGAGCCGUGUUUUCCUCUGUUUGGAGAGUUUUCUGUUUAAGUUUUACAUGAUAACCAUGAUAUUUUUUUGUUCCGCGUUUAUAGUUCCGCAACGUUUCUCUUGUAGAGCGUUGCGCUCGCCAUUUGUUAUAGGUUUUCAUAGCCACGCUUUUGUUUUUCCUCAGUAAAGAGGACCUGCCUUGAGAAUUGUUUACGAGUGCCAAUAAAGACAAUUAAAAGGC